UUCUUUUUCUGUUGACAUAUCAUAGCUUAAAAAUAGUUAAAUGUCGUUAAUUGGACAUUUUCACUAGUAGAAUCACAAUUAAUAUUUGUUUUUUACUUAAGGAGGCAUGAGAUAGAUAGGAGAGAAAAUAGCUGUCUCUCUCUCUCUCUUAUUCCUGCAACGCUAAAAAAAUGGAGGGUGAGAGGAAGAUGGUGAGACAGGAGGAGAUAUAGGGAAACGUUUCAAAUCAGAGAUAUAAAAGAGAGACCUCCAAUUUUCAAAACAGUUUUUUUCUUUUACUUUGUUAAUUGUAAUUUUGAAUAAAAGGGAAGGGGAAGAGAGGAGGGUAAAGUAAAGAUAGGGUCGUGCGUGUCAACGAGAGGAGGUGCUGGACGAGACCACUCCGCGCCUUCGCGGAGGCUCUCGUCCCAGCACCUAAGCGGAAGCCUAACCUCUUCUUCAGCCACCGGAGAACCUUCGGAUCAAUCCGAUCUCGGGGGUGCGAAGAUGAAGGGGCUUUUCAAGUCCAAGCCUCGGACUCCGUCUGACCUCGUCCGACAGACGCGCGAUCUCUUUCUCUACGCCCAUGGUUCCAUCUCUCUGCCUGAUUCCAAACGCGACGAGAAGAUGGCGGAGCUGAGCAGGAACAUUCGUGAUAUGAAGUCGAUUCUCUAUGGGAACAGCGAGGCUGAGCCUGUUGCGGAAGCUUGUGCUCAAUUGACUCAAGAGUUCUUUAGAGAGGACACUCUUCGUCUCUUGAUUACUUGUCUCCCUAAACUCAACCUCGAGACUAGGAAAGAUGCUACACAAGUUGUUGCUAAUCUACAGAGGCAGCAAGUCAAUUCUAAGUUGAUUGCUUCUGAUUAUCUCGAAGCCAAUCUUGAUCUCAUGGAUCUUUUGAUUGAGGGCUUUGAGAACACGGACCUGGCUUUGCAUUAUGGUGCUAUGUUUAGGGAGUGCAUCCGCCAUCAGAUUGUUGCCAAAUAUGUUUUGGAGUCGGAGCAUGUGAAGAAGUUCUUCGAUUACAUACAGCUUCCUAAUUUCGACAUUGCUGCUGAUGCAGCUGCAACUUUCAAGGAACUGUUAACUAGGCAUAAGUCUACUGUUGCCGAGUUUCUCACCAACAAUGAAGACUGGUUUUUCGCAGACUACAACUCAAAGCUUCUUGAAUCAAGUAAUUAUAUAACCAGACGGCAAGCUAUCAAGUUGCUGGGUGAUAUAUUACUGGAUCGAUCAAAUUCAGCUGUGAUGACGAAAUAUGUGAGCUCAAGGGAUAACUUGAGGAUUCUCAUGAAUCUUCUGAGAGAGUCAAGCAAGAGCAUCCAGAUAGAAGCAUUCCAUGUUUUCAAGCUGUUUGUGGCGAACCAAAAGAAGCCUGCAGAUAUAGUCAACAUUCUGGUGGCAAACAGAAGCAAGCUUCUGAGAUUGUUGGCUGAUUUAAAACCAGACAAAGAGGACGAGAGGUUUGAAGCAGACAAAAGUCAGGUCUUGAGAGAAAUUGCAGCUCUUGAGCCGCAAGAUCUUGCUUGAACCAAACCAACCAACAGAAAUCAUCCUUCUUUCCCUUUUUAAACACUCAAAAGACAUUUUUGGAGCAUCAAAGUUUGUUGUUGUUUCUUUAUUAGGUAACAAAUCUCUCUCACUUUCUCUUACACACAUACACAGACGAGAUAUUUAUUUGAUUAUGUAAUCACUUGUACACAUUUCACUGUUGAUGCAAUAAAAUGGUUUUGUUAA